CAAGAACAAAUUUAAUUAUAUAUUCAUUUCGACCCAUCUAUCUGUUCUUGGAUUCAUUUAGAAACUGAUCAUACUUCCAUCAUCUUUUUACAGCUUCAUUCACAUACAAUCUUACACCAUUUCCCUUACGUUUCUAUCGACUGUCAUCAUACGUCAGAUUCAAAAAGGGUAUUCUUGGAAUUGACUAUUUGUUUACGCUCAUUGAUCAAGAUUAUAUAACCAUGUCAAGAUUGAGAAGAAGAGAUCCUGUGAAGGUGGUGAUUAUCAACACUGAGUAUAUUGAGACAGACGCCAUGAGCUUUAAAUCUGUCGUUCAACGUCUCACCGGAAAAGAUACUCCCUCCCCCUCUCCCAAAAAUAGUUUAUCACACGUUGGUGGUGGCGGCGGUUGUGGCGGCCGUGGUGGUGGUGGUGGUUUGAACUCGCCUAUGUUGAAGAAAGGGAUGUCAUUUAGAGACCUGGAUAAGUUGCUGUUGGAGCUCCCUUCCAUGGAUGAUAUCUAUCAGUUUUGCUCUGAGUAAUAUUCGUUAAAUAUAUAUCUAACUAGUUAUCUUCCUUUUUAUUCUUCAUUGUAAGAAAAUUUAAAUAAAUUUUAUACAUAAAUAAACUCCCAUACUUGUAUAUUCUUAUA